UGGCGGCUCCAGUCUGGUACCUCUACAGACUUCACCAUUACGACCAUGUAAACAUGAGCUGUGUUGGUUUUGUUUUAACUAAUUAAUGUCUGUCCAUUCUGUUUUAGACACUACAACUAAUUAGGAGAGUGGGACGACCAGCUCAGGAUUUACUACUGUCAUAGUGUUACGUGAAGACGUUUGGAGACGGAGGUUGUGAAGUUUUGGAAAGUGUGCGAUUAUUGUAACUGUUUCUGGAUUUGUUUUGUGCCCUGUAUAUCAACAUUGGACUCAACCUGCUUGCGAUUUGGAGCAUAUCAUUGCAUUUUACAGGGGUAAUAGGUAGUUUUAACUUUUUAUCUUUAUUUGAAUUUGAAGACAGUGUGGAGUUACGAAACAUCCUUCAAAGUGACAGAACAAAGAUUCUUACCAUCCGUGAUUCAUCAACACGAAAAAGUGUAAUUUGUGGAUUUUGUUAAAAAGUUUGUUUAUCGUUAAAAUCAAGAGAUUGCCAUAGUUAGAAGUGUAUUUCCAGUGUUAACGGGCAAUCAUACUUCAGCAACUGAGAUUUUUUAUCCUGUGGAUUACUGAUGCUGUAAAGGACUAGAUUAUCAGUGUACUUGGAUGGUAGCCGUGUAACUUCAGUGUUUUUCUGAAUUCUGAGUGAAUCAAUACAGAAGACCAGCAUUUUGUCAUUAUGUGGUAAUAGGUGAACAAGUCUAACUGGAUUUAGUGAACAGAAUAUUUUGUGAAGUUUUAAGUGAUAUCUGUAUAAAAAGUGAUGGAAUCUUAUAGAAGUUGGCAGAAGAUGUUUGUCCAGAGCUGGCUGUACUUGUCAGUCUCACUCCUCAUCAUCGCUAGAGCACUAGGAUCUCAGCAGUUCACAGCUCAGCCAGAGAACACAACAACUACCCAGAAUUCUACUGUGGUACUACAGUGCGAAGUAAAGAACCGACAGGGCACGCUUCAGUGGACACGAAACCGAUUAGGACUUGGAACAGUCCGUGCACUGCCAGGAUUUCCACGCUACUCUAUGGUGGGAGGGACUAAUAUUAUCGGAGGAGAUCGAAUUGAGGAGUAUAAUCUGAAGAUCAUAGAUGUACAACUGGAGGAUGAUGGCGAGUACAGAUGUCAGGUCACGGCCACCGAACAGACACAUGGCAUCAUUACCAACAAAAUCACUCUCAAUGUACAAUUACCGCCAGACCCACCACAGAUGGGAGACACCUCAACUAUUGCUGUUAUUCAAGGGUCACCUACAAAUGUAUCAUGUCAGGCAAACAAUGGGAAGCCCGGGGCAGAGAUCACAUGGUACCAAGAGGGAGUACGCAUUACACAUAAUGUUUUCUCACGAACGAUGACAAGGACAGACAAGCGUGCAGAUACACUAAGCGUUGUCACCAUAGUUGCCUCAAAAGAGGAUGCUGGGAAGAAAAUUGAAUGUCGGGCAAACAAUCCAGCAUUGCGAUUGCCCUUUAAAACACACGCCAUCUUGGAUGUGCAAUAUCCACCGAGCCUCACAAUGGCCCACAACAUAAGUCGUCCUAUUCGGGAGUAUGACUAUGUGCGGUUUACGUGUACGGGGACUGCUAAUCCCUACAACAUUCAAUGGAAAUGGUACCAUGAUGGGGUUGUGAUCGAUGGAAGUAAUCAGAACUAUCUGGACAUUCCGUCAAUCAAGCGUGACUACCACCAGUCAAGGAUCACUUGUGAAGGUUCAAACGCCGUGGGCAGCACCCGUGCCAAUGAAGUAUUACAAGUACAAUAUGGUCCACGCUUCAUUGGAGCCCCUCAACAUGUAGCCGUGGAUUUGGGCGACCCAGCGACCUUGGUCUGUAAUGCAGAGGGAAACCCCGAGCCUAACAUCUUGUGGACUAAACAGGACUACUAUAAUCCCGUCAGUACCUCUCCCACCUUCCAUAUACAGGAAGUGGAGGGCCGCGACCUCGGCACAUACAUCUGUACUGCAACCUCCAUGGUAGCUGGAUUCCAUGAAGUCAGCCGUGAAAUUUUACUGCUCCAGAAAGGACCACCAAAAAUACUCAGCAACAAAAAUCAGUAUGCAGCCACAGGAGCUAGUGCUAGACUUGAGUGUCUUGUCCGUUCUGUCCCCACACCUACCAAAAUAAAAUGGGAGAGAAACAACGUGGAGAUUGACUACGCCAACUCCGGCCGAUACUCGGAGCUCGAGGAACCAUUGGCUGAUGGAGUGAAACACAUGCUGCAGAUCAUGCAAGUUCAGGAGUCCGACUUUGGCCAAUACAACUGUAGUGUGGAGAAUUCCCGUGGCUCCGACCUUAUCACCAUUACCCUGUUAGAGAAAGAUAUCCUGCCACUGUCUUACAUCAUAGGGGGCGUUGUCGGGGGUGUGGCUCUCAUUUUCCUCAUCGUCAUCGUCUUUGUCAUCUACCAUCGAUACAAGGCUUCUGACUCUGACUCCUACGCGGAAACUGACAGUAACACCGAGAUUAAAAAACGCGAGAAAACAGAAUCACCAUCUGAUUUUACAAAAUCCACUCUGAUGGACCAGUGGAGACAGGAUUUAAAUUUCCACUGCCCCACAGAUUAUGAAGAUCUGUAUGGACAAAAGGCUACCUAUAAUAGAGAACAACAACUCUGUAUGGCUCCAUCGAUCAGGACAUUACCAGCUCAAUCAGCCAAUCAAAAUAUCUAUCACGUCAUACCUCCAUACGGCCAGCGUUCUAUGACGCCAUGUGGCCUUGGACACAGAUCUCUGGCAUCCUUUGGAAAUGGCCAGCGAUCUGUGACACCAUGUGGCCUUGGCCAGCGAUCUAUGACCCCUUGUGAACAGAAACAAAGACCAAUGUCACCUUAUGAACAAGGACAGCGAACUUUGACCUCUUGUGGAGGUCGAAGAACUUUACCAAGGCGUCCCCUGGCAGCUAGUCGAGAUGUGUUACAAUGUGCGAGUUCCACAUUACCACACAGGCCCUGUUGGCAGCACUGUGCUCACUCCUAUGUACAGGAACAUAAAUUAAACAGUAGCGGCUAUGGGACGCUGACAUCUGAUAAUUACAUAAACGCUUAUGAUCAUCACAAUGGUGGGCCGUUAUUUAGUGAUUAUGUUCACCGAACAGAUGAGGCCCUGCCAGCAGAAAGAUUUGAGUAUGGUUACAAUACAAUAUCGUACUCACCACAUUUGGCACGGUCCAGGUUUGAAAACGGAUACAACACGUACGGAACAAGUUCAUUUAGGAGUGCAUCCCGGACAGAUUUCACCAAUCCGGAUUACACAGACCCGUACUCCAGCAGACUACCACCUGCUGAUGUCAACACGGCUAAACUGGCUACCACGGUGUGAUGUUACCAGGAACUUUGUCGACACCUUAGAUUGACUUUGUCAAUUUCACAUGUGAUGUUGUGGGAUAGAGUGCCGUCUGGAUUGUAUCAGAUCAUGUGACCUGCUUGCAAGUUUUAGAGUGGUUGUUACUAUGGUCACUGAUGUUUAGAUGGUCACAUGAUCCAAAAGUAACUUUACUGAAGAAGCAGUAACAGACAGUAACAAACUAAAAAUCAUGUGCCUCCAACACAUGUGAGAAGAUCUCCCAUUGGUCAAUGUUAUGAGUAAGAUGACCAAUCAUAACAAGUUAAGGUCUGAUGAAGAGAGACAAGAACUCUGGUUGGUUAUGGUAAAACACUUACCAAUCAUUAACUUCAUUGAAAUCUUAUUUGACAGGAAAGUGUUAAAAUGCAGGCAUUGGUUUUGAAACACUUCAUAAUGGGAUAAUGGGAGACUGUGUCUGUUAAGCUCCUGGUCGUCGUCACACUCCAAAAGUCUGGGCAACUGUCGGCGACAUUCAGCAUUUUAUAUUAUAGUCUAUGCACGCUCUAGAUGGACUCCAUAUGAACAUGUCAUGAUCAUGACGUCAUCAUUCAUCCCCCAUAUUGUAACAUUUGCCAUGGUGUGAGGUACACACAUUGUGAUGUGUGUCAUGGUGUAAUUUACACACAUUGUGAUGUGUGUCAUGUUGUGAGGAACGCACAUUGUGAUGUGUGUCAUGGUGUAAGGUACACACAUUGUGAUGUGUGUCAUGGUGUAAGGUACACACAUUGUGAUGUGUGACACAUUGUAAUGUGUGUCAUGGUGUAAGGUACACACAUUGUGAUGUGUGUCAUGGUGUGAGGAACACACAUUGUAAUGUGUGUCAUGGUGUGAGGUACACACAUUGUGAUGUGUGUCAUGGUGUAAGGUACACACAUUGUGAUGUGUGUCAUGGUGUAAGGUACACACAUUGUGAUGUGUGUCAUGGUGUAAGGUACACACAUUGUGAUGUGUGACACAUUGUAAUGUGUGUCAUGGUGUGAGGAACACACUUACACAUUGUGACGCGUGAAUGAAGGCUGGUCCUCUCACUGUUUUGUUAAAUCAACACUGCCUUUAGGAGUGAAUAAACAAGAUUGUGUUCUAUAGAGUUUAGCCACAAGUUUCAUAGUAUUGACUUUGGGAAAAGGGGGAUAGCGCUGCGCUUAUCAAAGGGGCACAACUCUGUAAUGGCAAAUAUGAGUAGAAAUUAAUUUUGCCAAAUAAUGUAAAGAUAUGAAUAGAGGCUUAUUCAGGAGGACACACACUUUUUCUAUUGAGAAUAAUUAUUUCUUUCACUUCGUCUAUAAUCUUUUAAAUACUACCUAUGACUUUUUUUGAAACAUCACAUUUAGUAUUAAUGUUACACUAGGGAAAAAAAAAUAAGAAUUUCUGUGAAUGACAAAAAUAGGAUGGGAGCAAAAUAUCAGUUAUUUAACAUCAUUCAUAGUGUCCAUUUGUUGAAAGUCAUUGCUGCCAUUCAUGUUCCACCUGCUGUUGUGUGCCUUCGUAAGUAAACAUGAUGUAACAUAAUAACCAGUACUUGUAUGUUAUUGACAAUGGACUCAAUCAGACCAUCAUAUAGGUUAAGAUGAAAUUGAUGUCAUUGGUUAAAAAAGGAUGACAUGUAUCUUCAUUCAUUGUUUUAUAUAAUCCAACUUUUGUAUUGUGUAUAUCAAACCACACAGACUGUGCUAUUAUCCAGUAACAUCGUUUGUUGUACACCAACGUGUGUAUUACACUUAUCUCUCAAUCACUCAAUCAACAGGGACCACAACGAUCAGAUCUCAAUAUCACUGCUCACAAUCAGUCUUAGAAUAGACAUGUUAUGCAAGGUCUAGAGAAAGGGUCAGAACUAAUAUUUUGAUACUGUAAAUGUACUUAAUUUGGCACCGUCAAAUUUAAGUGCAUUAAAGUUAACGCAAUCAUGUUAUAGCGUAAUACUUUCAACACAAAAAGUGCAAAAAUUUGUACAUUUAGACUUACAUAAAGGUCAAGGGCGGUAAAAUUGUGUUGUUGUCGUUUUAUAAUGUAAACAACAAAAGAUUGAGUUUUUUUUUAAUACGCUUAGUUACAUCUGUCUCUACGUAAAUGUAGAGUUAUCUCCCCUGUUUGUUCAAAAUCGAAUCCUCUGUCAUAUAGGGAUGAUCAGAUUUAAGGCAAAAUAGAUAUAAAUGCACAAGAUAUGAUGUCUGAAAUUUGAAGUUAUGUGUCAAUUCACAUUUAGGCACACAUUAUUAGUUCUACAGUUCUACGAAUAACUGUUACAUGGCACAUUCUUCAGGUAUAUAUCCAGCAGAUCUUUUACUGAUGAUUCUUAAACACUAUUGAUUCAUUGUACAUAAAUGUACCUGUUUUGUCGCUGAACUUUCAAUCUCUCUCCUGAUACUGUAGAAUUAUCUUGAGAAUAAGAAACUAUGAUCACAUUGAGUCAGAAGAUCGCCGUGUAUGGGCAGUGGUUACACAUGUAGUUUGUGAUAAUGUAAAUGUGUUUGUAGUAUGGAUUUUUUUCGUUGUGAUGUUUUAAUCAUUGUAAAUUUUAAUCAUAAAUGCAGGGCAAAUGACUUGUGUAUAUUUCCUGUUUUCUUUUGAGGAAAUACGCAUGUCCGAAUCUGACCGUCCACUCUAUGUGUUAAAACUGCUUCUUUAUGUAACUUAGUAAUAUUUAAUGUUCCUUCUAUAUGAUAUCUGAUAAAGAGUGAUCUGCCCUUUGAUCUUGUGUGAACGCUGACCUCAUACAUUCAUCAACACAAUUUGAUAUUGACUUAGUAUCAAACUAGUUUUGACAUUUUUCCAAACUUUUUAUUGAAAAUAUAUAAAUACUUUGUAGUCAAUCUUAAAGAUUUGGUAGAUUUAGAAUAGCGUUUAUUUCUAGUCAUUCUGUUACUUUGGAAACCGUAUCCUUGGAUAUGGAUGUUACUUGACGACACUUUCAUCAGUUCUUUUAGUUGUUUGAUGUACCAACAUAAGAUAUUUAUAAACAGUUUCAACAAAUACAUACACCAUUAAUGAUUGCUAUAGAAAUAUUUUCAAAAAAAUUUUCAAUUUAUGUUUCAUUUCUCAAAAAUACUGUUGUUCGAGGAGACAAGACGAAAGGACAUAUUUUGUAAUCUUGUCCUAGAAUUUCUGAUUUGAUGCUUAGAAUCAUUCCAUUGGAAUUUCUUCCUGAUUAACCAAUCAAUGAGGAAUAGCAACAGCUAUAUAUUUAAUCACAGUUACCCUAAUAUUAUAUGUGACUUGUACACUGUGUGUUUAUUGUUGAAUUACAGAAAAAAAAACUGCUGUAGGUUCAAAACUGAUGGCUUCACUGUCAAGUUGAGGACAACAUAAGUUGAUGAAAAAAAAAACCCAAACAUAACAAAAAUAUGUUAUGACAUGUGCAAGUCUAUAAGUAAGGGAAGUAACUCCUGAAACGAAGGGAGAUAAUCCCAAAAUGUUGUUAUGACUUUGUGUGACCCUAGUCCCCCCUGGUGUUCAUUAUUGAGUAUUUUGUGUUGCUUUUUUAAUUUCAAUUCUUGUUAAGAGUACUAUUCUGUUAUCCCUAUAUACAUAUAUAUCAUUUGCAAUAUUUGUUACGGAUUUCUGUGUGUGUAUUAAUGUAUUUAAUUAUUUCACCCAAUCAUUUGCAUCAUUACGUCCAAUAAAUCACCUUUAUACAUUAGAUAUAUCAAGGAAUAUGUGACAAAUUUGGUGGAGUAUGUUACUUAUCACAAAAAUAGCUGAAGCUAGCUUGACUGUUAUUGAUUACACCUUUGAACUGUUGUACAUGUACAGGUGGUGUAGUCAUGGAGGUACAUAUGUCACAAUAUCAAUUAGUCACAAUAACAUGAUACAUAAUACACAUAUUUGAGAAAUAUUUUUCAUUUCAAAUACAUUCUGUUCAUUCAGAUUUUACUAUAUCAAAAGAAAUAUUUAGAUUUCUGAAUUAAGCAUGUCCCAAAAUAUAUGUCAAUUGAUAGGACAUUUUGAGUCGUAUAUACACCGUCUUUGUGUUAAUCGUCUCUGGGGCAAGUUAAACUUGUGUCCCAGUUAACAUAUAUAACAGUCACACUGACAGGCAAGAUCAUCUAAUUCUGUCUAUUCCAAUGUGUUUAGAAAUUAAGGUUGGAAUCCUGUUAUCUAUAGCGAGUAUUGGAUGUUUUACAAAGUUGUAUAUAUAUAUAUAUCUUAACAUAGAAAUGCAUGUGAGAAUGAUUGAAUACCUGACUGCGCAUGUAUGUGGAGUGAAGGAUCCCAGUAAGACAGCCAAGAGAGAGUGAGGAUAACCUUGCACUUUAAUGGAGUUACAAGUUAUUUAAUUAAAUUUUGGACAAAUGGAGUCACAAGUUAUUUAAUUAAAUUUUGGACAAAUUAGCAAAUAACUCACAAUGUCAGGGUGCUUUCUACUAGCUGUGAUCCCCUUAGAAUUAUGGAAACCAAAAUGUAAUGAGAAAUUUCAAAAUCAAUUUUUAUACAAAAUUUUAAUGUAAACAAUUUAAAGGAGUUUUUUCUUCAGUACUAUCAACAUACUAUUGCUAUCAGAGAAAGAUUUUGGAUAUUUGAUUUCAGAUACUUUAUCAGAUAUACGGCUUCCCUGUGUAAAGAAUAACAUUUUCCCGAGUGACAUCUCAAUCAAAUUGUUCCGAAAUGUGAAUAUGAUGACAAUCUACUAUGAAAUUGAACAAAUUUAGAUAUUUUGUGGUAAUGUCAUCUGAAAAUAUGGUCAAAGUUCAGGUAUAUAAUAUAAUUUUACUGCAAGGAAUAUUCCAAUGUGGAUUUGUUCAUUUUGGCAGUAGUUGGAGUUGAGUUUGUAAGAAUGUAGUAACUACCAGUUGAACAAACAACAUGUGAUGUACGUGUUAGUGACAAAUGAUGAGUGAAUGAACAGUACGUGUGUUUAGAGUAUGUAAUUCUUGUUUAUGUGGCUGAAAAGUAUUUUUUGAUGAAAGUGUUGUGUGCAAUCUUGUGUACAUUUACAAUACAAGCUAAUUUUAUAUAAUA